GCAGGGCAAAUAACCUUCUUCCUCUCUUUUUUUAUCCCGUUUCUCUGAUUCUUUUUCUCACUUUCUUUCUCUCUAUUUUUCUGGUACAACACUUGGAAAUAGCGCCUUGAUGGUCCGAUUGUUGCCUAUAACAACAACGCUGUCAUUAAUACUCCUAUCGGUAUUAAGUGCCGUCGUGUAUGGCCAGCAAUUAGGCGAUCAACAACAAACUGUUGCCUGGCGUGCAGGUCAUGCGGCCGCCUACAUUGACCCGUAUGUGAUUGUAUACGGCGGCACCGAAGACAUCGAUGCCGAUGCAAAUAGCAACAGCCUGACUGGUUCUACAAGUUUAUGGGUGUGGGAUUCCCGCAACGGUGCAUGGUACCAUCCUGUCCAAUUGGAUGGCGCAGCGAGCCCACAGGUCAAUUUCCGAGCAACGCCUAUUCCUAGUCCAGGACAAAUGCUUGCUGUGCUGAGUAAUACUAGCAUGACGGGUCCUUUGCAAAAGCUAGAUACAAACAGCUGGACUUGGUCAUUCCCUACUGCUAGUUUGCCACCUAGUAAUAAUGUAGUAGGCUAUGCAUUGGAUGUGGUCAACAAUACUAUGUACAUGUAUGGCGGCUUGACGGUGGACCAAACCGGUUUCCCCAUUACAAACGCGGUUUCUAACAAUUUGUACACCAUGGAUGCCAAUGCGUACACUUGGUCGCAAGGGUCAAAUGGGCUUGGUGUCACCGAUCACACAAUGUGUUAUAUCCCGCAUGCGAACGCCUUGAUCAGUUUUGGUGGAACCACAACUGGAUCCCGUGCCAAUCCAAUUCAAAAUGUAUUCACAUAUGAUCUGGGCCAACACGUCUGGAACAUGCAAGUUACUGUCCAAAGCGUUAAUGCAGGCGUGCCUGGCGCGCGUCGACUACAUACAGCCAACUGUCUUGAGGAUCGGAUGAUCAUUUAUGGCGGCGGAACGGACCGACCAUUUGAUUCAGACGUUUGGAUUUUAGAUGCCAGCAACUACCCUACUUUAACAUGGCAAAAGCCCGCCAUGCAAAACCUAGCCCAGGGACCUAAUGUUCGCAUGGGCCAUACUUCCGUAUUGGAUUCAGCUACAAAAAAAAUCUAUAUCUAUGGCGGUUGGGGUGCGAACGAUGAUACCAAUAUGUACAUUUUGGAUUAUCAGAAUUGGGCUUGGACUCGCGUGACUCCGGAAGGGUUUAGCAAUAACAAUGCUGCUGAGCCAACGCCAUCGCCUAAUGAUGAUGGUAGUAAUACAAAUCAGCCCACAGAUGGUGAUACCAACGGUAACGGGAACAAGACUGCCAUCAUUGUCGGUUCCGCAGUUGGAGGCGCGGCAGCCAUUGCCCUUGUUGCUGCUGCACUUUUUCUUUUCUGUUGUAUACGGCGUCGACGGCGAGAACGACGGAAGGCGCAAGAAGAAGAAGAAGAAGAGGCAAUGCGUAAUGUACCAAAGGACGAAAAGACGUUUAGAGAUAUGACUAGCGGGAGCAAUUACAGACACGACGACAACGGCGACAAUAACAACAAAGGUAGCACAACAAUGCCGGACAGCGAAUCCAAAGUCAUGCUGCAGCAACAUCCCAGCAGCAAGUCGCAGCCGACAACAUUAGGAUCUCGAUCUUCAAGCGGUGCAGCUAUACCUUCAUUAAUGCUUAGCGAGUUGGGAACAACCGGCACGUCGACGAAUACACGGUCAUCAUCUCCAAUUCAAGGUACAGCAGCAGGUUAUCAGACACCCAACGAGAUCCAUACGCAAAAGCCAAACGAAUUCACACGGCCUUUGCAGCAACGCAGCAUUACCAGUAGUAUGCUUGCAUCAACAGGCAUCUCACCUUCAUCGCCUAGCGACCAGUACACGUACACUACCACGUUCAGAUCCUCGGUAUCAAGUAAUGUGCCAUUAGCACAAAUAGCGUCACCACAACAACAUCCUCUGUCACCUUCAUCAACAUCUUCUAAUACUACUAGUGGUGGUGCAGCAGCAACAGCAGCCAUGACAAUCCCGGUUGAUAUAUAUGAGAGCGUCAGUCCGCUUGAAAUGCUUGCUACCCUGGGUCGUCUCGACGAAGAGCAAGAUGAUCAAGAACAACGACUAUUGCCAUCCCGAUACACCAUGCUACCAAGACAACCCAUCAGGGGUCAUGCCAACAGUAUCUAUUUUGCCAUGGAUGGUGCAAACACACCUGUCGUUGUCAAGUCAUUUGGUCGUCGUGAAGCAUGGGAACGUGAAUGUCGAGCACUCAAUAAACUCAAAUCCAAUCAUGUUGUUCAAGUGUUUGAAGUCUUGAACAACGAUACGACGCAUUUGGCCGUGCUUGAAAAUUUGGACGAGUCGUUGCAAACAAUUAUGAGACAACAGCCAAGCCUAUUGUUGUUUGACGAUGACUUAUCCAUACGCAGAAAAAUUGCAAAGGAAAUCACUGCCAGUUUAGCCUAUGCACAUUCCAGAGAUAUUGCCUUUUGCGAUUUGAAACCUAGUAAUAUCAUGCGCUCUAGACAAGGCGAUUGGAAACUUAUUGACUUUGAAGCGAGUCGAACCAUUGGUCAAGAAUGUGUUGGUCUUAUCACGCCGCGCUACUGUCCACCUGAAGUUGCACGUGCAACUACGUAUGGGCACGAAGGUGCCAAAGGUGUUGUUGCUACUGCCAGUGUAGAUCUCUGGUCUCUUGGUUGCGUUAUCUACGAAUUGGAAACUCGUCACCAUGAACCCUUGUUCGCACAGACCAUUACAGAUGAUACCGUUCUUCACUUUGUGUCACAUCCAUCACCAUUGACGCCAGCACUAAGUAAUGGACUCCGAUGGAACGAGCAGGUUGAAUUGGACAUACCCGAUUUUGAACGACGUAUUGCCGAUCCCAACGCACAAAGCCUCAUAAAAGCAUUAUUGAGUCGUGAUCCUAUUAAACGAGGUAGUGCAAGUUACUGGAUGAAAACCCAUCCUUAUUUCUGUACAUAGAAAAAAACCAUUUUGUCCCUUUUAUACAUGUAAUAUCUGUAAAUUUCUACCUUCUCAUAUAUCCCUUCAUCACAUUUGUAUUAACCCACGAAGAAAAAUAACGGCGGUAUUGGUAUUUGCAAUAUAAGAAAGAAAAUUACAAAAAAGAAACGUAUAUGCUGAUGCUGAUGCAUACGCCCUGCAUGCUAUA